UGCCACUCUGAGCUGCCAAGCUCGCCGGCGCAUCGCUUGCGCCAAUCUCCGUUGGCAUUCCUUGUUUGUUAUUUAUUGCGCUGUUGCACUUGCGCAACGGUUACGCUGUCGCCGCGUGCGUGCAAAGUCACUCAGCAGCACACUGCAGCAGCAGCAUAAGCAUGCCAGCCAUGCGCCGCGCCCGCCGCUGGACCGUCGCCGCAGCGAUGUUCAUCACAUGCACCACGGGCCUGCAAGCACCCGCAAUCAGACAAGCGCCGCGCACCCUACGCCACGCCACGCUCGACAGCACCGUCCUGAGCUGCGGCGCGAGUCGGCCCAAAACGGCCCUGAGCAACGUCGAAAUCUCGGAGUUCGUGGACACGAGCGACGAGUGGAUCUCUCAAAGAACUGGAAUAAGAUCUAGGAGAGUCCUUCAACCCGGUGAGUCCAUCGCGGACCACGCCGCGUCGGCCGCGCAGAAAGCCCUGGACCGCUCCGGCCUCGACCCGGCGGACAUCGGUCUGGUCAUCGUCGCCACGUCGACGCCGGAAGACUUAUUUGGAGACGCGGCGAACGUCGCGGACCAGUGCGGCUGCAAGAACGCCGUCGGUUUCGACAUUACGGCCGCGUGUUCUGGGUUUUUAUUUGCGUUAGUCACAGCUUCACAAUUCCUGGAAUCAGGCACCUACGACGCGGCGUUGGUGGUCGGCGCCGACGCCAUGUCGCGGUGGGUCGACUGGGGCGAUAGAAACACGUGCAUUUUGUUUGGAGAUGGGGCCGGGGCCGUCGCGAUCAAGAAAGGUGGUGCUGGACUACUGGGUUUCUCCAUGGGGUCGAACGGUGCGGGUCGCGAGAAAUUAGCGUUACCGUACAACGGGAACCGGCUGCCAUUGAUCGGUGGGAAAUCUGCUACUGUGGUCGGCCCUCGCGCGAUGUUGAUGGAGGGCCGGAGCGUCUACGUGUUUGCGGCGACGACGGUGCCUCGCGUUUUGAGAGAAGCUCUAGAAGAUGCUCACUUGACAGUAGACGAUGUGGAUUGGUUUUUACUUCAUCAAGCGAACGAGCGCAUCCUCGAGGCCGUGGCCGACCGGAUAGGUGUACCGAAGGACAAGUUCAUCAUCAACAUGGACGAGAACGGCAAUACGAGCGCCGCGUCCAUCCCCCUUGCCUUGGAUUUCGCCGUGAAGAGCGGGAGCGUGAAAAAGGGCGACGUGCUCGCGUGCGCCGGGUUCGGCGCGGGCCUGUCCUGGGGCGCGGCCAUCUUCCGGUGGGAGGGCGAACUAUUGCAGUGAGUAUCGGGGCUUGAGCUCGCCGAGGCCAGAAGUUGGCGGGCAUUCGCGUCGAUCGUGUGUCGUUUAUACCAAGUCAUUAAGUCGUAGUACAUCAGC